CGAUAACUAAAAGAAAAGGUUCUCUUUUAUUUUUGGAGCGACCCGGAAAACAAACAAAAACAAAAUUAGUCCCAGAGGCAAAAGAGGGGAAAAGAAGAGAAAGAAGGCAAGGAAGGACAGAACUACACACAAUUCCCUCUCUCUCUCUCUCUCUCUCUCCCUCUCUCGCUCGCCGUCUGUCUUUCCCGUUUCCACCUCAAUCCCGUCUCCAUUCAUUCUUAUCGCCCGUGUCGCCAAUCUCUAAUCACCGGCGGAAUUGUCAUCCGAUUCUCUUCUCUUACUCAAGCUUCUGUCUUCAUUCUCCUCCGCCCAGUUGCCUGAUUGCCAGGUUUAAUACGCUUUUCUUCAUCCUUUCGGCUGUUUGGGGGAAAUCAUUCCGCGCGCUGUCUCGUUGCAGCGAGGGAAGACUUCUAGGCUCUAGCGGCGAAUUGGGAAAAUUUUUCCAGUUGGGAAGUUCACAAAAUCGCCGGAAGUGAAAUGAUGUGAAUGAAUGAAAAGGGAUUAUGGGAUUAGAAUCCGCAGGUGCCGUCCACCAUUCCUCCUUUGCGGCUUCUGCUCCAAAAUUCGCUGCUGCUGCUACUACUACUACGUCGUCUGGGCGCCCUUCUUCUACUGCUACUACUUGUCUCUCUUCUUCCAAUCGGUGAUUGAUCGCUUCAGUUGCGGUUGGGAGAUUAAUGCUUUGAACUGAAUGGGGACAGGAGGCCUUUGAUUGAUAAGUUUGGUGGUUUUGGGGGGUUUUUGUUUUGUUCUUGUCGUUGGUCAAUGGAUGGGGUCAAGGGAGUUACUGGCGAGCCUCAAGUGCGGGAAGGUAUUUCGACGCCAUGGCAGCCGAGGCAGCUGGCUUUCAAGCUAUAUCAAGCUGCUCACCGGUUGCAAACUGAGCGCGUUGUUGUAAAGAGACCUUUGGUGGCAAGAUUGACCAAAGACAUAGUUGAAACUUAUAAAAAGUGCAAUCCCCAAUUUAAAUAUUCAGAAGACUUAAAUCCCAAGAGAUACCUGACCAGUCCAUCAAUUGGAGUUCUCAAUGAUGGCCAUGAUAAUCUAAACUCGGAUCUUAUUUUGAGCGUGAAUUGCCCCUUGAUCAACCUCGAGACGCAAAGAAGAUACGUUGUCAAAGAUGUCCUUGGCCAAGGAACUUUUGGCCAGGUUGCUAAAUGCUGGGUUGCGGAAACUAGCAGUUUUGUUGCAGUAAAGAUAAUUAAAAACCAACCAGCUUAUUAUCAACAAGCACUUGUUGAAGUAUCUAUUUUGACAACGCUAAACAAGAAGUAUGAUCCUGAAGAUAAGCAUCAUAUUGUCCGUAUCUAUGAUUACUUUGUCCAUCACCGGCACCUUUGCAUUUGCUUUGAAUUGCUCGACACAAACUUGUAUGAGCUUAUUAAGAUAAAUCAAUUUAGGGGGCUAUCUUUGAGCAUUGUUCAAUUAUUUUCCAAACAGAUCUUACGUGGAUUGGCCUUGUUGAAAGAUGCUGGUAUAAUCCAUUGUGAUCUGAAACCAGAAAAUGUUCUUUUGUGCACAAGUUUGAAGCCAGCAGAAGUUAAGAUAAUUGACUUUGGAUCAGCCUGCAUGGAGGAUCGUACAGUCUACUCUUACAUCCAGAGUCGUUAUUACAGGUCUCCUGAAGUUCUUCUAGGAUAUCAAUAUACUACGGCAAUCGAUAUGUGGUCUUUCGGAUGCAUUGUUGCAGAGUUGUUUCUAGGGUUGCCUCUCUUUCCUGGGGCCUCAGAGUUUGAUUUGUUAAGGCGAAUGAUUGAAAUACUUGGAGGACAACCUCCUGAUUAUGUGCUGAAGGAGGCAAAGAACACCGGCAAAUUCUUCAAAUGCAUUGGCAGCAUUUGCAACUUAGAGGAUGUUGAGGCCUCAUUGGGUGGCAGAACCGCGUAUCAAGCACUAACUAUAGAAGAAUAUGAAGCUAGAGAAUUGAAGAAGCCAUCUAUGGGGAAGGAGUAUUUCAAUCGUAUGAACCUUGAGGCUAUUGUGACAAACUAUCCCUACCGGAAGAACUUGGCACAAGAAGAUGUUAUGAAAGAAAGUCAAAUACGAUUAGCUCUGAUUGAUUUCUUGAAGGGACUUGUUGAGUUUGAUCCUGCGAAAAGGUGGUCGCCUAUUCAGGCUUCGAAGCAUCCUUUUGUUACAGGGGAACCAUUUACAUGCCCUUAUAGGCCUCCUCCUGAGACUCCUCGCAUGCCUGUCGCUCAAACUAUUAAGGUGGACCAUCAUCCUGGAGGUGGGCAUUGGUUUGCUGCUGGUCUAUCUCCUAAUGUUCAAGGCAAGAUGAGGAAUUCCAUGCAUGGCAGCCCACAUUUUCCGAUGGUCCCGUAUUCACAUGCAAGUAGCUAUGGCAGUGUAGGAAGCCAUGGCAGCUAUAAUGAUGGCUUGGGCCUUGGAAGUAGCUAUGGAAGUUAUGGAGAUAGCAACAAUAUGUUUGCAUAUUAUUCACCAGUUAAUCAUUCUGGAAUAAACAUGCAUGCACAGCAUGGUCAGUCUAUGCUUGGUGGUAGUCCUGAUGCAAGGCGGAGAUUUGUCCAAUAUUCACAUGGGAAUGGGCUUGGUGUAAGCCCCUCAGCAGGGAAUUUUGCACCUUUUCCACUUGGUGCAAGCCCCUCACAGUUCACUCCUCCAGCCUCCUACAAUCAGGCUUCAGGUGGUUCUCCUGGACAUUAUGGCCCACCUUCUCCUGUAAGGAACAGUUGCCAUGGAUCGCCCUUGAGUAAAAUGACAGCAGCUACACAGUUCAAUCGGAGAAAAAAUUGGGGUUAUUCUGGAAGCACUCAGUCCCAAGAGAGUUCAGCUUCACAUUGGAAGGGACAACAUUUUGAGAAUCCCAGCUCUAUCCAAGUUGAGGGAAUUGCCUCGGCCCCUGGUAGUCAACCGUCACACCAGCGGCCAAAGUCUGGUACUGCAAGCUGGACGCAGCAACAAGGGGGCAGUUUUGUCCCAGGUCAAUCUUCAGUUCAAAAUGUGUCAGGCUCGUCGAGAUCUGUUACUAACAUUCCAUUGUCACAAAGCACUGGAUUAGAUCAUGACAAGCCUGAGGAUAACCUGUCAUUGCCAGAUCCCGGGGAUUGGGAUCCAAAUUACAGUGAUGAACUUCUUCUGCAAGAGGAUAAUUCUGAUGUCGGCUCCCUAAGUACUGAAUUCAGCAAAGGUGUCAAUCUUAGUUCUGGCAAUCAGCCAGGUACUCUAAGAAGAUCCAACCAUCAAUCAAACCCGAGCUCUUAUUCCUUAGUUCAAAGCAGACAAAAUGGUUUUGUGCAAUCAUUUUCACAUGUCAACGUGGGAAGCCCUCCUUCAGCACACGAACUGCAUGCUGGUAGCUAUGGCCGUUCAAUGUCAAAGCCAUCCCAUUUCACACCCCAUCUUCCUCAGAACUCUCCAAGCCGACUAGGACAGCAAGCCAGUCAUCGUGGUACUCAUGGGAGACCUGCUUAUGGUGGGGAGUGGAAUCACAAAGUUCAGCCCCCACAGUCUAGCUUUAGUUCUGGGGGCCCACUUUCGCCUGGAAGUAGUUCAUACAACAAUGGGAUUCCCUGGGGGCGUAGGGCUAAUUAUCCAGGACCAAGCAUUCCUCCAGCAUCUAGAGGAAGAAAAGAUCAUGGAAGAAUUGUGUAAUUUUUGGUUAUCAGCUUGAUUCUUUUGCUGCAAGGGAACACAGUGUAUUAGAGUGUUGGAAAAGGAAGAGUUUUACUCAGUAGUCCACAUGCUUUGUGGACUGAUGCUUAGGGAAAUCCUCAUCCUCACUCAUUCCGCUUGCAUAAAUAUAAGCUGUGGUGUCUAUCUUUUUAUUUCUCCUUUGGCUUGACUUACACAUGUGCAAUCAGAUAUCAAAUUUCUUUACUGCUUCUUGGUCAUUCUUUCUUAUGUGUCGAUACCUCGUAAUGUGGAUCAUGAAUUUCUUUACGCAAUGUGCAUUUUUUGAGCUUCAGUUGGAUCUAACGGGGUAAUUGAAGUGAUUGCAGUAGCUGCAGGGCAGUAAUUUCAGCCGGCCACCUCGUAGAAGAAGUGAUAACUGAAGCUUCCUGUCAAAUGAUAACAGCUUGCCUGCCAGGUUUUGUUACAUGAAGUGUGUAAGCUAGUUGGUUUUCUUUGUAUGAUUCUAUUGUCAAUAAACUAUGUUUUUUUCUACCAUAAACAAAAAAACUAUGUUUUUGCUGCAUCAAGUUUGUUGUACCCG